AUCUUGCCUGCCAUUAAUUGAAAUGCAGUUUCGAAGUUGCUGAAUGUGGCCGUAGUAGGCUACACCGCGGAGCUGCGCAGGAACCUAUAUUUAAUACACCAAACAUGGCUGCGCCCUGUGUGCAGUGAGUAGGAGCUUUUCCAGCGUGAGAUUCAGACAGAGUGCAGCAGAUAACAAUGGCCACUCCAGGAAAACUGUCGAAAAAGGGGCGCAAAAAGCUACUUCAGGCAAAGACCUCCCUCAGCAUCCCCUACAGCCUAUCAUGGAGCCCCCUUCCUCAGAACAGCAUGCACUACAUCCUGAACACACUGACGGACAAACUGAAAGCUGUGGGCCUGGAGAAGAAGGAAGCCAAGGGGCCCCGCCGGUGGAAGAAGGGAGACGAGGCAUCUCAGUCAGGGUCUGAGGAGACGGGUCCUCCAGAGAAGUCCAGCCGUGGUUGGACAGACAAGGCUGCCAGGAGGCAGCUGGCUGUGGGCAUCAAUGAAGUCACCAAGGCCUUGGAGAGGAAUGAACUCCGGCUGGUGCUUGUGUGCAAAUCGGCACAGCCAGCUCACAUGACCAGCCACCUGGUGGCGCUGGCCAGCACCAGACGGGUGCCGGCCUGCCAGGUUCCCCGUCUGAGCGACAGUGUUGCUCGGCCGCUGGGUUUGAAGAGCAUUCUGGCGCUGGGGUUCAGGCGUGGGAACGAGCUGGAGGAUGAACUGUUUUCUGAUACGGUUGACGCCAUUAUACCCAGAGUACCCCCACACAAUGUUGCCUGGUUACCAGAUACGUUGCCGAGUGACGCAGGUGAAUGGAGAAUAGAGAAGGGGGACACAGGGGAGGGGAAGGGAGUGAAACGUAAGGUUGAGGAUGAGAGCAGGGAGAUGGGUACAGGUCUGAAGGGGCAGGACAGGGGUGAGGUGAAGGGGCAGGACAGGGGUGAGGUGAAGGGGCAGGACAGGGGUCCAGAGCAGAUGGAAUCUGCAACCUUGGUUCUACAGCCUCUCAAAGUUAAAAAGGUUAUUCCCAAUCCAUCCAAAAUAAGAAAACAAAAGCGAAAGAGACUUGUAUAACCUGAGUUUGUAAAGAUGAUAAUUUUUUGGGACCCAUUUCUUAGAGUUGUGUUUUUGCCUGUAAAACUGUAAGGGGGGGGGGGAGAAUGUGAUC